CAUUAUGAAAAUUCUACUUAAGUGGCAGCUUAUUCUUUUGGGCCUCUUACUUUUCUAUCGGUUUCAUGUGGAAGCUCGAUCCACACGACCGCAACGCAUUAUAAAUGGCUCUAAGGCAAAAGCGCAACAGUUUCCUUACCAAGUAUUUUUUGAGAUUCUUAACAACUCGAAAUGGAUACCACAAUGUGGUGGAGUUAUAAUCUCAGAGAGAACUGUCCUCACAGCAGCUCAUUGCUUUGAAGAUAAGUUCGACUUAUUCAGACUAUACUUCGGAGCUGUGAAUAGAAAAAAUUCCAGCGAAACGGGACAACAACGUUUGAUAGUACAUAGGGAAAAUACUGUGAUACACGAAGGGUACGAAUUGGAUCAAUCCCUUAACGAUAUUGCCGUGAUAAAUUUGCCAGCUGAAAUACAAUUUGAUGAAUAUAUUCAGCCGAUUGGAUUGCCUAGUCCAAACCAAGUUAUUGACAACAAAGAUGGUAUUACCUCUGGCUUUGGUAGCACUCAAGCACCGAAAAAUGGUAUAAUAAUAAAAUCAGAUCACCUUAUGUACUUAAAAGUGAGAAUUCUACAAAAUCAGAUGUGCAAGCCCAUACUGCACAAGUAUUUUCCAGCAAGAUUCUUCCCAGCAUCUUGGGUCUGUAUUGCGCCCAAUAAAUCUACACCUUGCGGUGGCGAUUCUGGUGGACCGUUGGUUAUCAAAAAUGCCAACGGUGACAAUACCUUAGUAGGCAUUACUUCAUUCGGAAUGGAUACAAUUUGCUCGCUCAAGAGACCAGGAGUUUACACGCGGGUUUCAUCAUAUUUGGAAUGGAUUCAAAGCGUUAGCAAAUCUACUAAAUUGUAUUUGAAUGGUAUACAAUGAAUAAAGACUAAUUGGAAUUGUGGCAAAGCUACAAAA